AUGACUGGUCAUGUAGAAGAUUUUAGUCAUUAUCAACUAAAAGAUGAAACAAAAUUAUUAUCUAUGUUAAAAAAAAGUCGUGCAUUUACACAAACAAAAUUUAUUCAACAAGAACAUGUUAAAAAUGAAAUUGAUCAUUCAUGUGAAGCUGUACCAUUAGCUAAUAUGACACAUUAUAAAGAAUUAUUUCAUUCAAUACCAUUAUAUGUUGAAAGAAAUGUUCUUGUUACAGACAAAAUGCUCGACCAAGCGAAACAAUUAGCUUGA